UGAAGAUGAGCAAGCCCGUAACGACUUCAACAUAUGUCCGCUGCAUUAGCUACGGGCUCAUGAGGCGCCUGGCAGAUUUCAUCGAUCCACAAGAAGGGUGGAAAAAAUUGGCAGUAGAUAUAACCGAUCCCUCUGGUGAAAGCAGAUACAACCAAAUGCAUAUAAGGAGAUUUGAGGCAUUUGUGCAAAUGGGCAAAAGCCCCACCUGUGAAUUACUUUAUGACUGGGGAACGACAAACUGUACAGUCGGUGAUCUUGUGGAUCUACUGAUUAGGAAUCAAUUCUUAGCACCAGCAAACCUUUUGCUUCCAGAAGCUGUAAGGAUGGCAGAAGAAGUUACGUUACCUCUUUCUUCACAGGAAACUUUGCCUAUAGGUGAGAAACAGCUGCCUGUACAGGAAGAAAAAGUGCCAUCUGUAAAGCCUGUUUUAGCUCAGAGUACUGAGAAGCAACAUUCAGCUCCUUCCUGCUCAAGUGAAGAAAGUAAAGGAUCAGAGUCUAAUAACACAGAUUUCCAUAACUUUUGGUUUCAUGACUUGGAAAGUAUUACAAAUAAUUUUGAUAUGCGACCAGAAUCAGCUGGAGGCAAUAAACUGGGAGAAGGUGGCUUUGGCAUUGUGUUCAAGGGCUACAUCAAUGGCAGGAAUGUGGCUGUCAAGAAGCUUGUUGCUAUGGUCGAUGUUAGUGCUCAAGACUUGAAAAAGCAAUUUGAUCAAGAAAUAAAAAUAAUGGCAAAGUGUCAGCAUGAGAAUCUAGUAGAAUUACUUGGUUUCUCAAGUGAUGGUGCUCAGCCAUGUCUGGUGUAUGAAUACAUGCCCAAUGGUUCAUUGCUUGACAGACUUGCUUGUCUGGAUGGCACUCCACCAAUUCCUUGGAAUACAAGAUGUGAAAUUGUGCAAGGUACUGCAAAUGGCAUCAACUUUUUGCAUGAAAAUAAUCAUAUUCACAGAGAUAUUAAAAGUGCAAAUAUCUUAUUAACUGAUACAUAUGUGCCCAAAAUUUCUGACUUUGGACUUGCAAGAGCAUCUGUUUCAUUCACACAAACAAUCAUGACUGAAAAGAUUGUUGGAACAGCAGCCUAUAUGGCACCAGAAGCUCUGCGAGGAGAGAUAACACCUAAAGCCGAUAUCUUCAGUUUUGGAGUAGUUUUGCUGGAAAUAAUAACAGGGCUUCCUCCAGUAGAUGAAAAAAGGGAGCCACAGUUACUGUUAAGUAUCAAAGAUGAAAUUGAGGAUGAGGAAGCAACUGUUGAGGAUUAUGUUGAUGAAAAGAUGAGUGGCUGGGAUGCACCUUCAGUUCAUAGAAUGUAUUCAAUUGCUGGUCAGUGUCUGAAUGAGAGAAAAAACAGAAGGCCAGACAUUAAGAUGGUCCAACAGCAUCUACAAGAGAUAAAAACUUGAUAUGUAUUUCUUCUAAUACACAAAUGCUUUUGUAAUGGAGUAGAAUGCAGUAGCAAAUGUUUUAUUAGUAUUUAGUGCAAUAUCAUCAUCUUCUCUGCUUUCCAGAACUUUCUGGUCUGCAUGUAAGGUGUGUGGUUGGCCCGUCACCACUGUGCUGAUUUUGUUAACUUGAGCAGUCUUUUCAAAUAUCCUUAAACACUGGGCCUUCAACAUGAGAAAACUUCUUCUGCAUUCAUAAGUUGAAGUGCUGGUACUUCUUCUCCUCAGCUCUGUAAAAUGCAUUUCCAUAUGAGAAUCUGUUUUGAUUCUUUUGAUUUCCAGGUGUCGUCUGCCGCAAAGGCAUGUGACAGUAACAGUAAAAUUCAUUUUCUACUAAAUGCCUUUUGAUCAGGUGUGGUAGACCUUUGCUUAUUGAAGACAAAAAACAUUUCAUGGAUAUAAAUGACAUUUUCUUUUCAGGAAAAGACAAUCGUAGUACCCAUUUGAAACAGCCUUUAUUUAACAUUUUAAUUUGAGAGUUCAUAUUAGUGUGAGUGGACAGCUAGUGCUGGUGAAGGGGGCUAUUUUUUCAACAAAUGCUGCAGGCUGAUCUUGAUUUCAAGGCUAUCCAAGCAAAAUAAUUGUCUUGCAGUGCAAAUGGAAAAAUACAUAGGGCAUUCUUCCAGUGAACUCUGUGAUGACAAACCUUUGCAUUUUUGUUCAUUGGAACGGUCUAAGCUACUUUGAACGUUUUACACUUUAGGAGAAGAUUCCAUAUGGAUUAUAAGAACAGAUGGUUUCUUUGUUAAAGGGGCCCCCUUAAGAUACUGGAAGGCCACAGUAAGGUCUCCUUGGAGCUUUUCUGCUCUCCAGACUGAAUAGCCCCAACUCUCUCAGUUUGUCUCCAUACUAAUUCUGUGUUUUCCUUAGUCAAAUCACUUAAGUUGUGGGG